AAUGAAUACAUUCGUUCUCUGACCAUUGGUGAUUAAGACGACAGACUAUUACCGGUGAUAUAACAUCAGAACCCCACAAAAUAUCAGACGAUGGCUUCUGGCGACCGUGAGGACAUUCGACUAGUAUUACUAGGAAAGAAAGGUGUAGGCAAAAGUUCCCUGGGAAACAGUUUGCUUGGGAGAAAAGAGUUUAAAUCGACUCCUCUGCAAGCAAAAUGUCGGAAAGGAUCGACCACACUUGCAGAUGGAACCAACCUCGAUGCUGUUGACACACCAGGCAUUGCGGACACUACAGCUUCGACCACGGAGACAUUUGAAGAACUUACACGAUGUAUAGAGCUUUCAACCCCAGGUCCCCACGUGUUCCUGCUUGUUCUGAAGAUUGAUAGAUUUACACAGGAGGAGAUAGACACAAUCAAACAUCUCAAAUAUUGGUUUGGGCAGGAUUUCAUGAAAUACGCAGUAUUUAUUUUCACCGGUAAAGAUUCACUGGAUUAUGAUGGUUCAACGAUUAACCAGUAUCUUGAGAACAGUCCGUCUGAAAUGAAAGCACUUAUCGGGGACGCAGGCAGGCGGGUUGCAGCAAUUAACAACCGGGGUCGUGGUCCUGAACUUAAAGUCGAUGUUAAGACCAUAAUGACUCUAGUAAAACAAGCCAUACGGAUUAACAAUUGUCAAUAUUACACCAAAGAAAUGUACCAACAGGCUGUACAGGCGCGUGCCAAGCAACGUGGUUGGGUGGAAGAUGAGCGAUUUAAUGGCGAAAAAGAUUUGCGAAUACGUGAAACAUUAAAGAGAUACAGAGAAGACGAAGAGGCACAGAGAACCAGAAAAAACAAAGAUCUGCACAUUGAAACCAUGCCAUCAGAGAAUUCGAACAGUGAAAUUAGGAUCGUCAUUCUUGGUAAAACAGGAGUGGGUAAGAGCUCCCUGGGAAAUCACCUGAUACAGAACAACUGCUUCCAAUCAAGUUCUACUGGAACAUCAGUCACGUCCAUCUGUCAAUUCGGCCAGGGUAAGCGUAGUGACGGCACUACAUUAUGUGUAGUGGACACCCCCGGCCUUUUUGACACCAGACAAUCCAAUAAGGAAACAAUGACGGAAAUUGUUCGAUGUAUUGGACUGUCGUCUCCUGGUCCCCACGUUUUUUUCUUUGUACUCCGAAUCGGUCGAUUUACAAAGGAAGAUUUGGACACAGUAGAUCAUCUAGUAGCCGUCUUUGGGGAAACGGUUGUCCAUCAUGUUGUUGUCAUCUUCACUGGAAAAGACUCUCUGGAACAUGAGGGGAAAACAUUAUCUGAUUAUCUCAAUGACAAGACAACCCCACACGAGCUCAACCUAUUAUUACAGCGCUGCCAUUCACGUUGUGCUGCUAUAAAUAACCAUGCUCCUGAUACACAUGCAGAUAUUGACGGGAUAAUUAACUUGGUGCAUAAAACCAUUCAAGAAAAUGGUGGAAAUCAUUACACCGGCAAAAUAUAUUUAGCCGCUGAAGAGGCCAUGCGAGAGAAAAUGAAGAGCAUGGAAGAAGGGCGUAAAACAGAAAGGCAAUAUGCUGAACGUGAACAAACAGAAAUGCCACAGGAGAAAGAGAAACUAAUGGCUGGGUUGGGUGAAAACAUGAGUUCCGAUUCCCGUAGUAUUCUGCGGGAGUUGUUAGCAAGUUCUAGUUUGAUCCUUACAAGUCUUAUUGAGACAGUUGGUCCAAUUCUCGUUACUGCUCUAGCCCAAAUAGCACAAAAGCGAUGUACUAUUAGUUAGAUCAAUAGUAGAAAUACCGUCAGAUGUGGAUGUCAUUCGACGGUCAUCUUGUUUUAUCCAUUUAUCUUGUUUAGUUAAUUAUAGUACUUCAUAAAUUUGAUAAUGCAUGGCAUUAUGGUUGUAUUAGCUGAUAUCUACACAACACAUCUGACGUUACCUAUGAUAUAAUUGAAACGUAAUAUUGAAAAGGGGAUAAGUAAGGGUUAUCGAUUGAGACAGAGGGGUUCAAGUUAGAUGAACAUCCGAGCUCAUGCAAAGUUGUGCACCGAAAAGACGGUGUUUAUCUAACUUGAUCCCGAGGUCGAUGUCGGUAACUGACUUGCACACUGGAUACUUUGUAGAAGUUGAAUGAGUGAAUGAAACAGUUGCUGUGAGAGAGGUAACCUGGAGGGGUGGUCUACCUAUAACCUGGAAGGGAGUGGCAUGUGAAAUAUAGUAUUAUUCCUGUGGGUUUUUUUAAAUACUCCAACCUAAAACUUAGAAAAAUACGAAUUUGGUGGGAAAGCAGUGUAUCCACAUAUCCGCCAUACCUUAUGUAACGAUUUGUUUAAUGUCAUCUUCAGUUUACUAAAGACAAAUACCGAAUCACCAUUUCCACCUGUCCAUGGUUAUUCCCGAAUGUCGAUAAUUCUUAAACUUCUUCCCCCUAUUAGUUUUCAGUUUUAAUGCGUAUUACGUAAGAGAACGUUUUUGAAAAGUAACUCGGUUCUAUCCGGCAUUUUGAACGUGGAAGAAAUUGUGACAAUAUGAAAAUAUAUAUAUCUAGAACGCACUUAAGAUCAAUUGAAAAUAAAUCUAAUUCUGUUAAUAUUACUACGAACAUAAAAUGGUGACGUCACGUUUAUAUUUUAACUUAAGGUAGAAUAUUUUCUUAUUAUAUUAUGCUUUUUUGGGGUUUUUGGUUUUUUUAGUAAUAAAAAUAUUAUUACUCAAUUUUAUUUUGAUUUGCAUAUCUAAGCACCCCAUAUUCAUUAUUAUAAUGACAUCAUAUGUUUACAAUUAAAGAAGCUAUAUCGAUAUUCUUUGGCACCGAGAAAGGACAUAAAUAGGUUGCAACACAUAUAAUAAUGUAAUAUGAAUGUAUAAAAACUGAUUUACA